CGCACUUCAUUUUAAAAAAUGGCAGCCGACUGUCAAGGUCGGUUGUCGCCGAUCUCACCAGAAAUCCUUGACGAUGAAGCUUUAGAUCCAAGAAUUCAUGGUGAAUUAGAGAGGUUGAAUAAGGCAUCUGAUGAUAUAAACAAACUGGAACUAGAGUUAGAUGAUGAAAGGGCUGGAUUUAGACAAGCAUUAUCAGAUACCACACAUAAACUCAAUACUCUGGCAAAAAAGCUCGGGUCUUGUGUUGAAAAGGCUCGACCAUACUAUGACCAAAGACAUAGAGUUUUGGAGGCUCACUCAGAGGCACAGAAGGUUGCUAUUCGUUUUGAACGAGCUUGUAGCAUGCAUGAGGCAGCCAAGGAGAUGGUACAGUUAGCAGAACAAGGAUAUAUGAAAGGAGAAGCUUCCACAGAUCCAGCUUGGCAGGAGAUGCUUAAUCAUGCUACCAUGAAGGUUAAUGAAGCAGAAAAGGAGAGAAACGAGAGUGAGACUGAACAUAUGAAAACAAUGCAUAAUUUCCAAGAAUCAGAUGAAAAAUGUCAGAAGUUACAAAAAGAAUUAAAGAGAGCAAUUACUAAAUCUAGCCUGAGGACACAAACUCACUUCCUACAACUAGGGGACAUAACCAACAGAUAUCAGUUAACUUUGUUACCAUAUUUUGAGCUGAAAGCUGCAGUAAAUCAGCAAAUGGAGGAUAACAAGAGAGCAAUCAAGAUAUUGGAGGAAGAUGUGCACUCUGCUAAAGUCAUGUACUCAGAAGCUUUAAGGAAUUUAGAAAAGAUAAGUGACAGCAUACAUCAGCAGAGAAUAGAAAGACAGCAACAAAUAGAACUUGGAGAAAGAGGGGCGGGGGUAGGAUCAGAAACACCUUCACCACCCCCAGUUCGUCAGAAGGACAAAAGUUCAAUAGAUGGUCAGAACGAUGUCAGUAUUAACUCAGAUGAUUACAGUUCUAAUAGACCAUUAUCAGGGUACCAACCUAACCAGUACUCACUGCCGUCAGUUAUUCAUGAGUCUGUAGAAAGAUCCAGGAACCAGAGCUAUAGAACUGCAAUAGAACAUAGGACCAGUAUAAAAGAACAGGACGAAUUUCCUGUUCCAAGUUUGGAUUCAGAAUACAUGUCUCUACCAAAGACAACAGAAUAUAGUAAAAAUGAUAGAGAUACAAUAUCUACCUCAGUAAGGCAAAGAGAACUUGAUAGGACAAAAAGAAAUAGUGCUAUUCGUGGAAGUGUUUCAUCUGAAACUGGAUCUCAAGAACAGGAGAGAUCCCCUUCAAGAUCACGUAAGAGUAACAAAUUGAAAGGUGGACUUAUUUUACGUAUUGAUAGUGCAAUGGACCCCUUAGCUCAGAAAUACCAGACUGAGGACAUACAACCAACACGUAAACGAGAGAAAUCCCAAAAGAGUUUACAUAGAUCUCAGGCAAAGUCAGGAUAUAUUCAAGAAAAUAGAUCUCUACCAAUAACUCCCACUCAAUCAAAUGCAUUUUGCCCACCUAGAAGUUCCCCUAGUCAUUCUAGUCUGUCCUCAGCACUUUCUCUCCCAGAGGAGGACAGAUCUGAUGCUGAAAGUAUAGCCAGUACAGGACCCAUGCUGGACGAUGAUCAGGUAGAAUUACUAACAAUGGAGUUUUCAGAAGAAGUGUUUGAUGAGGAAGAGGCUAAAUCUAAAAGACUAGAACGACGUGAUUCUCAACACCUUAAUCUGCCAUCUAAGUUAUCAUACUUGGAAAAAUAUAUCCGCCAAACAUCACAUGACAAUCUUGAUAAGUCAAAACUUGAUGAUACAGAAGAUUCAAUAGACGAUUCAACAGUCCAAAUAACAGAGAAAUUGUCAAGUAUUAAUCUAGAGGAAGGACCAGUUACAACGAUAGACAAAACACUGACAGAUGAUAGUUUAGAUGAGAUAGUUGACACACUGGAGGAUAGGAAUUCAGAUUAGUUUGUAGUAUCUGUAUAGAUGAGAUAGUUGACACACUGGGAGAUAGGAAUUCAGAUUAGUUUGUAGUAUCUGUAUAGUGAUACAUGUGUUCAUUGGUAUAACAUGUCAGAUUUAGUUGUGAUAUUAUUGUUGGUAAUAUAUGUACAUGUUAUACAUGUUAUUUACGUAUCUAUUUCUGUAGGAAAAUUGAUCUGGUGCUUGCUUUUAUCUAAAUCUACAUACUUUAUUAAUAAUGUACAAGAUAAUAUUAUUUUCCAUAUUUUUCCUUAUGCUGGAGAUUUUUUUUUAAAUGCUGCCUUGCUUAAAUAAUUGUUCAGUUACAUGUAGUAUCCACUUUUUAUGAAGUUAGUCAAAAUAUUGUCCCAUUUUAAUCCUAUUUGACAGCUUCUAUGAAAAAAUUUUAGAGUUUGCAUAAUGAAGCUUAUCCCAAUGAUGAAUGCAACCGUAUAUUGUAUCCAUGGUUUCUUGGUUCUUGAUUGUGCAACCUCCAGUUACUUGUUUGACCUUCAUCGCACAUUUAGACUUAGGCAACAGAGAAGGUAGUCUUGUACAGUGACCAAUUACAAGUAGAAAUAGUAGUUGUAUCUAAAAUCCACUUCAAGUAUCAUAGCAAAAAUGUUGCUGUAAAGACCAAGAAAUGGAAAAAUGUUUAUUAUAGUUUAAAAUGUUUGUUUUCUGCAGCCGAAAAAUUGUAUUACUUAUACUGAAUUUGUGGAAUGGCUAAAGUUCGAACAGGAUUUUGAAAAGCAAGUGUUUCACAUGAAUGGUUUUUGUCCUUUGACUGCUUGUCAUAAUUUAUCUGCAUAAUAAUAUUUGAGAAAUUCAUAUUUUAUUUAACAAUAGAAAUAGGAGUAUGUUCAGAUACAAAUUGUAGGUUGUAUUUUAUAUCCUUAUAUCGUGAACAUGUCAGUUUUGUUGUUUUAAGAAAAUGUUUUUAUCUGAACAUCAAAGUUUUUUAAUUAAAUGGCCUGACCAAAAUGUUAAUUUUAACUGUUGUCUUCGCUUCAUCUCUGUCUAAUUUCUGUUUUUAAAAUGCAUGGGGAUAUCUGCAGUUAAACCCAAAUAUGGGAAUGAUCAUUUACAUGAUGGCAAUGGGUAAAAGACUAAAAGUUAACUGCAGGUGUUUCUUUCUUUUAUUCAGAAGUAAUUUAAUAGAUACUUUCUUUAAUGAAUAGAUGUUUAAGAUGAAGGACAGGUAGAAUUCUAAUGAUUUACUAUAGCAAUCACCUGAUUACAUUGGUUACUCAAGUUUCCUCCAUUACAAAUUGUGACUUCAAUUAAAUUGUAGAUUGUUGAUAAAUCUAUAAUACUUUUAUACUCUAUCAUUCUAUAGAGUUGCUAACUUGUUGUAAGAGAAGCUUAAGGCUUAAUUGACUAGUUUUUAAGCAUACAUUUUGACUUCAGGUAUAGUUUGCAAAUUGCUAUUAAUAACUCCUGAUGAAAUUCUCGACGAUUUGCAUUAAUAUUGUAUUCUGUUAUAAGAAAAUUCAAAACAAUCUUCCACCCUAAAACAUAAUUCCUCUUUAACAAGUAGACUUAACAGAAUUAUGUAUCAUGUAGUUCAUUUGAUUUGAUUGAAAAGAAAUAAUAAAAAGCACUUUUAAAAUACAUAAAAUGUUUUGUUAAAGUUUGUGCAGAACUUUUACUCAUUAGAACACGUCCGUUAUGAUUAUAAAAUUGAUAUUAUCUUUAAAAUGCAGCAAGGCAAGUAAUGGUUGAAUAUUAUUUUUUUCUUACAUAUUUAUCAAAAUACUUUAAAACAAAUCAAAAUUAGUUCAACUACUUAUAUUGUUUUUUUAUGACACUAGAUUUGAUUUUAUAAAUGGCACUUUCAUUUGUUUGUUAUUUUUCACAUAUUUUACUGUAUUGAAGAUCUGUGUGCUAUUGUUUAUAUAAUUUGUGUGUACUUUACUGUUUAUUGACAUGACAUUUAUAAACUUUAUUAUUUCUUAGUUUAUCACUAGUCAUUGUGAAAUCAUUUUCUUUGAUUUUGUUUUGAGAAUUUUUAUUCAAACUUGCAAUAAUUAUUUAAGGAUUAAAUGGUUGGUGUCAUAGUUUUUCCAAACAUGCCAUUGUUUAAAUGAAAAAGAAAGUUAAGAAUUUUUCUCUUCUGCCUUUUAAUGGAGAAAUCCUAGAACCUCUCCUCAGGCAAGAUGAAACUAUUUACCUGACUUGAAAAAGUACAAUUUGAAAGAAAAAAAAAUGUAUUAAACAGCUGAUGCAACAGUCACAAACAAAUAUUUAAAGAAAAGUUGUCUGAUAAUUCUGAUGAAAUAUGUCCUAAUGAUGUCAUUCAUUGCUUAGUCACCUCAACAUUUACAUAAAAA